GGAGGAAGAUCGACCGAAAAUGGCCUUUGUAUUAUUUGAAGGAACGUGGCAGUGGGUUCGAUGCCCGAUGGGGAUUUGCAACACGCCUGCCAUGUUUCAACGGGCUAUGAACGUGACAUUCCAGAACUUCGUUAACAAGACGCGGCUCACUCAGGGGAUGAUUAACUUAUGCGUCAUCGUGUACAUGGACGACAUCCUCGUCUACUCGGAGACCUAUCACGGACAUGCACAACACAUCAAGUGGACGCUAGGAGCUCUGAGAGAUGCUGGGUUCAAGAUCGUGUUCGAAAAGAGUGAGUUUUUCCUUUCGGAAAUCUCGUUCUUGGGUUACGUGGUGACACGUGGAGGACUGCGACCAGAUUCAAGAAAGGUCGCGGCGGUGAAAGAUGCUCCUGUCCCCACGUUAGUGACGCAGGUUCGAGCUUUCCUGGGACUGGCAUCGUACUACCGUCGCUUGAUCAAAGGCUUCGCUGUGAUCGCACGGCCUUUGAUGAAUCUGCUGCGAAAGGACCAGUUCCUCAAUUGGGACGCAGAGUGUGAGCAGGCCUUCGCCACCCUCAAAGGCGCUUUGGUGGCGGCACCUAUUUUGAUCUGGCCGGACCCUACGAAGCAGAUCAUUCUCAUCACGGACUGGCAGCCAGAGGCGAUUUCCGUUAUUCUAGCGCAGAAGGAGAACGACGGUCGAGAGCACGUCAUCAGGGACGUAGAGCACCACGCUUGGUUCGCAUACAUGGAGCUGUUGAUCAUCCAAGAGUGGAGAACGGAGGUGGAAGGAAACCUUUUUUUGUUCGGAUCGGUGCGUCCCGGUUAUCGCCACCAGAUCGUACAGGAACUCACGAUUCCCCUCGCGCAGCUGGUUGACGAUCUCCCUCUCGAUAUCAUCUUGCAGUGCGACGAGAGCCCGAUCCCGCACGUCUUUUCACGGGCUUUGACACCCUACCUGUACUGGUCGGCUUGCCUCGAGGAGUUAGCGGGCAACAACAACCCGCCCUCGCAACAACCAUACAUGGAUCCCCGGGGGAUAAUCGACCUCGCUUUCUUUCAGCCUCGAACGGCCUCCAAAGAUGAAGUGAUAGCACUAGAGGAGGAGGAGGAAGAGGACGAGGAGGGAAGCGAAGAAGAAGACGAAACCCGGGAAGACGGAAGUUACAGCGAGCACAACGAGGGAGAGCAGAGCGACGACGAGGAAGAAGACGACAAGGUGGAAGAUGAGGAAUCUGAGUGGGAAACCCUGGGAGAAGAGGCGGAUCGCGUGGAAGGCGAGGAGGAGGAUCUUGAGGCGGUACAGAAGAGAGAAGAAAUCGCCGCCGACAAGCGGCAGCUGGAGUACGCAAGUGAGGCGGAUCUGCCAAUCUCGAACGAUCCAGCUAAGGAUCCGAAGCCGCCUAAGCCAGAAGAUGGGGACCUUGCUGCCGAGACUUCGAGCGGCUCAGUCAGGCGGCGACGAAGCCGAUCCCCCUCCCCCUCCACCUCAGCCCGUCCACCAAUUCGAGCUCUUAGCCCCGCGACCUCCAUGCUCGGAUCAAGUGCAUACGAUGAAGAAAGAAGGAAAAGUUAUGGGGAGCGAAAUGGUAUAAAAAAGCCAAGGUAUGAAGACGAAGAAGACGAGGAUCAAUUUUGCGAAAUGGAUGCAAACGAUGACCAAGCAGAGAAAUUGAAGGGGUCGGAGGACACACCCGACAACAAGGAGGAGUCUGAAUCUGCAGCCGAUUGCGAUGACGAAGGAGAGGACGAAGGAGAGGACGAAGAUGUUGACAAAGACGAACACAUUCAAGACGAGGAUGAAGAGGAUAAUUGAGGACUUACCAAGAACGUUCAAUCACCAAGAAAGGUAUAGAUAUAAUUUCACGAG